AUGGUCCACCUACGCCUGAACGAACGCGAGACAAACCCCAACAAACACAUAAAUUUUAUAACCGCCUUACCAGCACCGGAGAUCCCGGAGCCUUACUCACAGGAAGAUGCCCGUCAGCUCCUCCGUGCUCUUGCCGCUCAGGUUAGACCCAUCAUGAAAGGCCAUGGCUUCGCAGUUAAUAGUUUCGAAGAGUAUGAGUAUAACCGAGUGUUCGCAGGACGCAACUGGAACAAUGGCGAGACAGUCGAACUCGUCCUGAGGCGACCUGAUGGGACCUUCGUUUCUAUUCCAUGGCUCUUAAGUACACUCUGUCAUGAGCUUGCGCACAUAAAGCAUAUGAACCAUGGUCGUGAGUUCCAGAGACUGUGGACUCAACUACGAUGGGAAGUCAGAGCUUUGCAAGACAAAGGGUAUUUCGGCGAUGGCUACUGGUCAAGCGGAACAAGAGUCUCGGAUUCUGUACGGGUCGGUGGCCAGGGUGUUGAAGAUUACGAUCUACCCGAAUACGUCUGCGGAGGCGCGCAAACUCGCUCACGUCCCAAAUCCCUCGGAAGAAGACGCAUGCAUCGACGCGUCGCGGGUCCAUCAAACCAUACAGGCGCGCAAGUCGAGAAACGACGCAAACCUGGUACUAGAGUAAAGGCAAGGGGUGCGUUCAAAGGCGAGGGCCAGGCUCUGAACGCGGAUAUAAGUGAUGGAAAGGCCAGGGCAAGAGGGACUGGAUUUAGGAAACAGGCAGGAAGUAAACGCGCCCGCGAGGAACGAGCGUUAGCCGCUGAAAGAAGGUUGAAGGCUCUCAAAAUGAAACCCGAGGACAACAAACCCACUCUCGAUGAAGAAAGCGUCACAGAGAGCGACUCGGAAUACGACGAGCACGCCUUCGAACCCACGGAGACGGACGACAGUCGUAGACAGACAAUGCGAAGCUCGAUCAAGGAUGGCGAACUUAAUAGUUCCCAGCAAUUCAUGAAGGAUUUCCUCUCUGAAUUCAGCCGACCAAAAGACUCGACCGAUUCUAACGACGGCGACCUUAAAAAGGUACUUGAUGCCAUUGAGGUUUCCGAUGAUGAUGAAGACGCUUGCGAUAUUCCUUCGACAUCCAACCCGGUCAUGCCUCAAGCUCCUAAUCGAAAAGUGCUCGAUGCCAUCGAUAUUUCCGAUGAUGAAGCCACUUGCGACAUUCCUUCGAUGUCCAACCCGAUUAUGCCGCGACCUCCUAGUCCCGAUAAUAAACGGCCUACAAAACGUUUACGUAGUUCUCCACCUCCGCAACGAACAGCCGGGCCUUCCCGACCCACAAAGUCACCAAGCAAUGCAAUCAGAUUCGGUCGGAUCGCACAAGACGAAAUGACAACUCGGAAGAAAGAAGCGUUGGGAUUAACAGGUGGAAGGACGUUGGGAUCACCGUCACAAGUAAAAUCAGAUACAACAACCAAGCAUCCAACGUCCUCCAAGGACAGGCCUGUGAAUGCUGAUACCACUGGGUGGUCCUGUUUAAUAUGCACACUAGAUAACCUUCCCAAUCACCUAGCGUGUUCAGCUUGUGGAACUCCUCGCGGAGAGACCGAAUGGCAUCAAUAACAUCGCAUAUUACC